AUGGUUGAGAGUGGUUGUGUCAUCAAACUCUUGACUUGGGAUGCACUUGUGAAGCUUUACAUUGAUGUUGGAAAAGUGGAAAAAGCCGACUCCAUACUGCAAAACGCUCCUAAGAAGAAAAGGGGCAAAUCAAUAUACCUUAUCAAUUGUCGCAUUCCUCUUCUUGUUAAUCUAUUUCAUUCAGAUCCGCUUAACACAAUCAUGGCGAGGGCUUUACUUCAGUCAACUAACAACCUUAAUAUAGUUGCCGGUGAAAGGAAUGGACAGUUCAAGGGAUCUAGGAGCACAAAUAGAAUGGUUACAAUGCUGUGUAGUUUACAAACAAUGCCUCUAAGCAUCAGGAAUUUCUCAGGAUUGCGAGGAUCUAAUGCCUUGGAUAUGAUGCUGAAGCAAACUGGCCAGACACUCCAAUCGAAGAUUCUGUUGGGACUUAUUGGUGAGGGCACUGGCAUUGCUGCUAAGGUUCUCAAAUCCAUGGGAAUUAAUUUGAAAGAUGCCCGUGUGGAGGUGGAGAAAAUAAUUGGAAGGGGGAGUGGAUUCGUUGCUGUGGAGAUACCUUUUACUCCUCGUGCAAAGCGUGUUUUAGAGCUCUCUCUAGAGGAAGCUCGCCAGCUAGGUCAUAAUUACAUUGGAUCAGAGCACUUGCUGUUGGGAUUGCUUCGUGAGGGUGAAGGUGUGGCAGCUCGUGUUCUUGAGAAUUUAGGUGCUGACCCAAGUAAUAUUCGUACACAGGUUAUUAGAAUGGUGGGUGAGAGUGCAGAAGCUGUUGGUGCUGGUGUUGGAGGUGGGAGCUCAGGCAACAAGAUGCCUACACUGGAGGAGUAUGGCACUAAUUUAACUAAGCUUGCCGAGGAGGGUAAAUUGGACCCUGUCGUUGGAAGGCAGCAGCAAAUUGAACGUGUCACUCAGAUUCUGGGGCGGCGUACAAAAAAUAACCCCUGCCUUAUUGGAGAACCUGGUGUUGGGAAGACAGCUAUUGCGGAGGGCCUUGCUCAGAGAAUUGCCAGUGGGGAUGUUCCCGAGACAAUUGAGGGGAAAAAGGUUAUAACCCUUGAUAUGGGUCUUCUUGUUGCUGGGACAAAGUAUCGUGGUGAAUUUGAGGAAAGGCUGAAGAAACUGAUGGAGGAAAUUAAACAGAGCGAUGAAAUUAUACUUUUUAUCGAUGAAGUGCACACAUUGAUUGGAGCAGGAGCAGCAGAGGGGGCGAUUGAUGCUGCAAACAUCUUGAAACCUGCACUCGCUCGGGGUGAAUUACAGUGUAUUGGGGCUACUACACUGGAUGAAUAUAGAAAGCACAUUGAGAAGGAUCCAGCAUUAGAAAGACGGUUCCAGCCUGUUAAGGUCCCAGAACCUACUGUGGAUGAAACCAUACAGAUUUUAAAAGGGCUACGCGAACGAUAUGAAAUCCAUCACAAGCUUCGUUACACUGAUGAAGCUUUAGUUUCUGCAGCUCAGCUGUCAUACCAGUAUAUCAGUGACCGCUUUCUGCCGGAUAAAGCCAUUGACUUGGUUGACGAAGCUGGUUCCCGGGUUCGACUUCGUCACGCUCAGCUUCCUGAGGAAGCUAGGGAGGUAGAAAAAGAACUCAGGCAGAUCACUAAGGAGAAGAAUGAAGCUGUCAGAAGUCAAGAUUUUGAAAAGGCUGGGGAGCUACGUGACAGGGAAAUGGAUCUUAAGGCACAGAUAUCUGCUCUUAUAGAAAAAAACAAAGAAAUGACCAAGGCAGAGAGUGAGGCAGGGGAUGGAGGUCCUGUAGUGACAGAAGUUGACAUUCAGCACAUUGUUUCUUCUUGGACGGGAAUACCUGUUGACAAAGUGUCUACUGAUGAAUCUGAUCGCCUUCUCAAGAUGGAGGAGAAACUCCACACACGGGUCAUUGGCCAGGAUGAAGCUGUAAAAGCCAUCAGUCGUGCCAUUCGUCGUGCCCGUGUUGGUCUUAAAAACCCCAACCGGCCUAUUGCAAGCUUUAUCUUUUCCGGGCCAACUGGUGUUGGAAAGUCGGAACUGGCUAAAACACUGGCAGCCUACUACUUUGGUUCUGAAGAAGCCAUGAUCCGACUUGAUAUGAGUGAGUUCAUGGAGAGACACACCGUUUCGAAACUCAUUGGCUCACCACCUGGUUACGUUGGUUACACUGAAGGUGGACAGCUAACUGAGGCUGUUCGACGCCGUCCUUAUACUGUUGUACUAUUUGAUGAAAUCGAAAAAGCUCAUCCAGACGUGUUCAAUAUGAUGCUUCAAAUUCUUGAAGAUGGAAGGUUAACUGACAGCAAAGGUAGAACAGUAGACUUUAAGAACACCCUUUUAAUCAUGACAUCAAAUGUUGGAAGUAGUGUAAUCGAGAAGGGGGGUCGUCGUAUUGGUUUUGAUCUAGAUUAUGAUGAGAAGGAUAGCAGUUACAACCGUAUCAAGAGCCUGGUGACAGAGGAGCUGAAACAAUAUUUCAGGCCAGAGUUUUUAAAUAGAUUGGAUGAGAUGAUUGUAUUCAGGCAGCUCACCAAGCUGGAAGUGAAGGAGAUUGCUGAUAUAAUGUUAAAGGAGGUAUUUGAGAGACUCAAAAGCAAAGAUAUUGAACUUCAGGUAACCGAGAGAUUUAGGGAUAGGGUCGUCGAGGAAGGAUACAACCCAAGCUAUGGAGCAAGACCACUUAGACGAGCUAUUAUGAGACUUUUGGAGGACAGCAUGGCUGAGAAGAUGCUUGCACGUGAAAUCAAGGAAGGUGAUUCGGUUAUCGUUGAUGUUGACUCUGAUGNCAAAGGCUCCAAUGACUAUACUUAA